UGUCAUGUGAGUUGACUGUUCAAAUCGCAUGCAAUGAUCGGCAACAGAACCGUUCUAAUUGCCAAUAAAAGUGGGAAGCAGGGGCGGACUGACAACUCAUGGGGCCACCGGGCAAUAGGGGAUCAUGGGGCCCCUGUUUCCUUGCCCAAACUCAAAAAAGCCUAUGAAAAAGGUACCAGGGGCAUCUCAUGGGGCCCCCUACUGACCCCGGGCCCUCGGGCAGUGCCGAGUUUCCAAAUGGUCAGUCCACCCCUGGUGGGAAGUGGU